AUGAUUGUAGUAGGAGGUGCUGCAGUUAUAUUUGUUAUUGUGUUUGCAUCAAGAAGUGCAGUAGUUGUUAUGUUUGAUACUGUGACAGUAUCAGAAGGCAAAGUAGUUGUGUUUGUUACUAUAGUAGCAUCAGAAGCAGCAGCUGAAGUAGGAGGCAUGGUUGUUAUUUUAGUAUCAGGAGGUGCAGCAGUUGUGUUUGUUCUUAUGGUUGCAUCAGAAGGCGUAGUUGUGUUUGUUAUCAUAGUAAUAAGAGAAGGCGCGGCCGGAGUAGUGGGUACGUUUGUUACUGUAGUAGCGUCAGAAGCCAUAGAUGGAGCAGUGGUCGUGUUUAUUAUUGUAGUAGCGCCAUCUGCUGGAGUAGCAGGUACGCUUGUUAUUGCAAUAGCGCCAGGUGAUGGAGCAGCAGAUAUGUUUGUUAUUGCAGUGUUGUCAGAAACAGUGACUGGAGCAACAGUUAUGUUUGUUAUUACGGUAGCAUUAGAAGGCAAAACAGUUGUGUUUGCUACUGUAGUAGCAUCAGGAGGUGCAGCAGUUAUGUUUGUUGUUGUAGUUUCACCAGAAGCUACGCCUGUUAUUGUAGUAGCUUCAAAAGCGGCGGCUAGAGCGGCAGUUGUAUUUGUUGUUACAUUAUUAUCAGAAGGCAAAACAGUUGCGUUCGUUAUUGUAGUACCAUCGGAAAGUGAAGCAGUUAAGUAUGCUACUGUAGUACCAUCAGAAACAGUGACUGGAGCAGCAGGUGUGCUUAUUAUUGCGAUAUUUUUAGAAGUCGUGGCGGGAGUAGCAGUUGUAGUAGCAUCAGAAGACAAGGCAAUUAUCUCUGUUAUUGUAGUAGCAUUAAAAGUCGCGGCUGAGACAGCAGUUGCGUUUGUUAUUAUUGUAGCAUCAGAAGUCGCGGCUGGGGAAGCAGUUGCGUUUGUUACUGCAGUAGCAUCGGAAGUCGUGGCUGGGGCAGCAGUUAUGUUUGUUACUGCAGUAGCAUCGGAAGUCGUGGCUGGGGCAGCAGUUGCGUUUGUUACUGUAGUAGCAUUGGAAGUCGCGGCUGGGGCAGCAUUUGCGUUUGUUAUUGUAGUAGCAUCAGAAGUCGCGGCUGGAGCAGCAGUUGCGUUUGUUAUUGUA